GAAGAAGAACACUGAACACUCCCUCCCCCAACCUAACGUUCACCUCCCUAUUUAUUCCGGAGUUCCACUUCUCUCUCCUCCCGUGUAUCCGCGCCCCAACCCCAAGCCCGUGUCCUCUCCCUUGAGCGCCUCAAAUCAAACCCCACCUCGCCGUCUGGGUCCGACCUCGCCGCCGUCUCUCCUCGCUCCUCCCGGGCCGAGGCUUCCCCCGCAGAUUCGGCUCCUGAACAGCGUUUUCAAGUGUGCUGGUUGCCUUAUUAGUGGUCGUCGAUUUCCGCCUGCUGAUGGUGGCCAGGAUGAUGCGGUGGCCUCGGCCGCCGCCGGCGCGCAAGUUCCGCGUGCGCCUGGUGGUGCGGCGGGCGGAGGGGCUGCCGCUGCUGCCGCCCGCGCCCGCUGCGGAGCCGGCCUCGCCGGAGCGGGAGGCGGCGGGCGCCGCGCCGCCGAGGGCCGUCGCGGCGGAGGUGAGGUGGAAGGGGCCCAGGGCGUCGGCGCUGGGCUCGCUGCGGCGCGCCGCGGUCAGGCGCAAUCGCACGCGGGGGGAGGCGGAGGCGGCGUGGGAGGAGGAGUUCGAGAGCGUCGUCACGCUCGCGGCCGCGUCGCAGCGGGAGGGCGCCGCGUUCCAGCCCUGGGAGCUCGCCUUCUGCGUCUUCAGCUAUUGGGAUAGUGACAUAUAUGGACAGGAUAGUUUCCUUGUCAAGGACAUCAACAUAAGGCCGAAGAAUAAACCAUCAAUUUUGGGAACUGCUUCUCUCAACCUAGCAGACUAUGCAUCAGCAGCUGAGGAGGUGAUCGAGAUAAUUCUCCCAUUGUCUGUACCUGGUGGUGAACCUGAAUCAGCCUCAUCCCUUCAUCUCACUCUGAGUAUGGUGGAAUUAAGAGCUGUCCAAGAAACAUCCGAUGCAUCACAACGACCUGCUGCAACCUUGCCAUUGUCCCCAUCAUCUGGUGAUUCUCUUUCUGGAGGAAAAGAUGAGGUUUCAGUUAUCAAAGCAGGGCUGAGGAAGGUAAAAAUUCUCACAGAUCUUGUGGCGACACGAAGGUCCAAGAAGACUUGCCAAGAUGAUGAAGGAGGCGAAGAUAAGUUCUGUGUUAACAGUGAUGGUGCUGAAUAUCCAUGUGAUACUGAGUCUCUCGAUGAUGAUCUGGAUGAGAGAGUACAGGAAGAUGAAAUUGGGGAUUCAACUAUCAGGAAGUCUUUCAGUUAUGGCUCACUGCAGUCUGUCAACUAUGCUGGUGGCCUAGUUUAUGCCCAUGCAAAGAUUGAUGGAGAGCAUGAGGACUGGAUAUAUUAUAGUCACCCAAAAUCUGAUGUCGGUUAUCAAGUAGAGAAAAUGUUGCCUUCGACUGCUGAGGAGACUGUGUUGCCAGCUGCUAAACGGAGUAUACUUCCUUGGAGGAAGAGGAAAUUAAGUUUAAGAUCACUGAAGGCUAAAGGUGAACCACUGUUGAAGAAGGCAUAUGGGGAAGAGGGAGGUGAUGAUAUUGACUAUGACCGACGCCUGCUAACAUCUUCUGAUGAAUCUGUUUCAGAGGGGUCAAAAGCUGAGGAUGGAUCAGCAAAUGCUAUGGUGUCAGAAUUUGGUGAUGAUAAUUUUGUUGUGGGGAAUUGGGAGUUCAAGGAGAUAGUUAGCCGUGAUGGCCAUGUGAAGCUUUCGUCCCAGGUGUUCUUUGCAUCAAUAGACCAGAGAAGUGAGCGAGCAGCUGGGGAGAGCGCAUGUACAGCACUUGUGGCUGUUAUUGCAGACUGGUUGCAAGCAAAUCAGAAUAUCAUGCCUAUUCAGUCACAGUUUGACAGCCUUAUCCGUGAAGGAUCACUAGAGUGGAGAAACCUUUGUGAGAACGAGACAUAUAGAGAGCGGUUUCCUGACAAGCACUUUGAUCUUGAAACUGUCCUUCAUGCCAAGAUUCGCCCACUGACAGUCUCCCCAAGCAGAUCUUUUAUUGGAUUCUUCCAGCCUGAAGGUGAUGACGACGUGAGCGGUUUUGACUUUCUUAAUGGCGCCAUGUCAUUUGACAGCAUUUGGGAUGAGAUUACCCAGGCGGCAGAGUUCUCAUCUAGUGACAACCCUAACCUAUACAUUGUGAGUUGGAAUGACCACUUUUUUCUCCUCAAAGUUGAGCGUGAUGCAUAUUACAUUAUCGAUACCCUUGGAGAAAGGCUCCAUGAAGGGUGCAGCCAGGCAUACAUUUUGAAGUUUGACAACAGUACCACGAUUCACAAGGUACAUGCUGAAAAGAAACCUUCUAGCCCCGACUCAAGUGGACCACUGAAGGAUUCUUCAGGUCCUGAGAGCUCUUCAACUGACCAGGACAGCGGGAAUGAUAUUGAAGAGAGCAUCCUUGUGUCCAAGGGCAAAGAAUCGUGCAAAGAAUACAUCAAGAGUUUCUUGGCAGCCAUACCGAUCCGGGAACUACAGGUGGACAUCAAGAAAGGACUGAUGGCAUCAACCCCGUUGCAUCACCGCCUCCAGAUUGAGUUCCACUACACCCAAUCUUCCCCAAAAGAGAUCGCAGCAGCCCCUCAGCUUCUUACUGCCAAUACCCCUUUUGAGUUCUCAUGGCCUGAGCCACAGCCACCACCAACGAUGGAAGUUGCACUAACACCUAUCGUCUCCGUUGUAUAGCUUGUCGCCAUGGGUGGCUGAGACAUGACAACAGUUUGCCCUGUUGUUCAAAAUCAAGAGCUUCUUUUUCCUUGGGCCGCGGCAUGAUGCGGAAACUAGAUCAAGACUUAGUAUAUUUUCUGUUUGUACUAAUUUAUCUAAUAUGAACUGACUGAUAUAGGUCGUCCUCCCACGCAUAGCGGCAUAGGAGCCAUCCACCUGAAUUUUGUAUAGAGGUGUAUGCUCCUAUCUUCCUUCAUCCGCUGGGCUGUAAUCUUUUGGAACCUUGUAUGACUACUAAUCAAUGACGAACGUCCCUAUAUUAUAAUGAACUACAGUGUAAUA